AUGGCGCCCGCCUUUGGGAAGCGUGUCGGGUUGGCUUUUGCUGUUGGAGUGAGGCAGGCAAGGCUGCAGUUUCCUCUCAUGUUGAAAGACGGGAACGCUGUGCAACGAGCAGUGCAGAACAAACUGCAUUUCCUCGUUGCUGUACAGAAUGAGCCCGUGGCUUCGUGGAUGGAGAAUUUUCUUGAUCACAAACAUCUGAAAAUGAUCAAAAUGACAGACUACCAUUGCAAAGCAUGCUAUCAUGGGAUUGACGGGUUGACAUGUAACUGGAGGGAGUAUCUACAAAAGCUGGAAGGGACAUCAGAGCAGACGAUACAUGUACAGUACACUCCUGGAGUUUCAGAGGUGGAAUCUUUGAGGAACGCCAACUACUCAUAUACCAACGUGUUCGGCCAGGAGCCGCCAUGGGCGCAGGCAUCGGCGUCAAGGAGGCAGAACCCUUAUCUCAAGGAAAACAACGGGAUGCCCAAGAUCGAGUUCACUGAGGUUGUCAAGCCCAAAGAGAUUUUACAGUCCCUUCAUUCAAUCGCGACGCGUAUAGUUGAAGAAUUUGAGGAGGACUUGUCACAUGUCCGGGAAGAGAACGAAUACAUUCGUCUUCUGCACAAGGAAAGAAACAUUUUCAAGAGUGCAAACUCUUCCUUCGAACCCUUGCCUGUCGCUUGGAAGCAGCAACUGAAAGGGACGCUGCAAGAGCCAACCCCUUUGCGACAGGCGUCGAAAGAUCUUCUGAUGCGAUUGUUGACCAAGACGGCUGUGCUAGAAGUGCUGGUGGAUAUGUCACAAGACAGCAAGGAGUCGAAACAUUACCAGUGGAUGAAGACCUACGUGGGUAAGUGGAUGCAGCAGUUCGAUAGCGCUGCUUCGGUCAAGGUUGACGUGUCCUUCAUGGAAGAGCUACUGCAACAGCCUUUCCGCGUCUCAGAGAAGGAAGGGAAGAUGGAGGUUGUCGACCCUCUAUACAUCAGCGAGAAGAUUUUUGACAAGCGUCUCGAUGUCGCUGCAAGAUGGACCAACUCUCUCGGAGCGGCACGAGCGAUUUUCAAUGGCACGUGA